AUGAAACGUACCCUAGAUGGAUACGUUACUGGUCAGGAUAACGCUAAGCGCAUACUCUCGGUGGCAGUAUACAAUCAUUACCUCCGAACUCGCUUCUUGCAAGCCCAGGCCGACAUCGCUGCAGCAGACGCCAUGGAAGAUCCAGAGCCUGUAAACAAACAUCCCGUCAUAUCAGACUUUCCAGGACAACGUGAGGGUGCUUCGCUACCGCCACCGACGAUUGAAAAGAGUAACGUUCUGCUUCUGGGUCCAACGGGAUCCGGAAAGACAUUACUCGCACGAACCCUUGCGAAGAUUCUAGACGUGCCACUAUACAUCAGUGAUUGCACAGGGUUGACCGAGGCGGGAUACAUUGGUGACGAUGUGGAGAGGUGUGUGGAGAGACUUCUAGCCAGCUGUGACUGGGAUGUUCGCCGGGCCGAAUCAGGUAUUAUUUGCCUUGAUGAAGUGGACAAGAUUGCUCGUCACCCUGAUAGACACGGGAAGGAUGUCAGUGGUGAAGGUGUUCAGCAAGCAUUACUGAAAAUGCUCGAAGGAGCCAUAGUGGAAUGUACGGACAAAGUUGGGAAGGAACGUCCACGAACUACAGCAGGGUUAGGUUCGGGUACAACCUCUUCACAGAAGGGUGAGAUUUACAUGGUUGAUACGAGCAACAUCCUUUUCAUUUUGAGCGGAGCGUUCGUGGGAAUGGAGGAGUUGAUUGCCAGACGCUUGGAUAAAGGCAGUAUCGGUUUCGGAAACGCUAUCCGGCGUGACAGGAAUCUCGAGUCUGAGGAGAAGGCCGGCGACGAUGACAAGAGCGUACUUUUUGCCCCAGAUACGCCGAAGGAGAAUCUGCUCGAUCUCUUGGAGCCCACAGAUCUCAUUAAAUUUGGAUUCAUCCCCGAGUUUGUUGGCCGCAUACCCACCUUCGCCCCACUUGCGAAACUUUCUCUAUCUCAGCUCUUGCAUAUCCUGACUGAGCCUCACAACUCCCUGGUCUCCCAAUACAAACAAAUAUUUGCGCUCUCGUUCGUUGAGUUGUACUUCACAACCCCCGCUCUGGCCCAAAUUGCACGCCGCGCUUUGGUCAAGAAGACCGGAGCGCGUGCACUCAGGCGUAUCAUGGAUCAAGUACUUCAAGACGCCAUGUUUGAAGCCCCAGGAGGCGGCGUACGGUACGUAGUUGUGGAUGAAGAGGCUGCGAAGGACCGUGGUCGCAAACCCGUGUAUUUCUCACGGGGUCAAAAAACUGCGGUUAACAAUUUGAUCGAUGAUGAAGAGGCGCGAUGGCAGAAGAUGAAAGCGAAGUACGAAGCCAUUAACGACACUGCUGGGCAGGUUCAAGGUGAAGAGUUUGAUCGUAAGUAUGAAGAACCGGACCGCCAAGCCACGAGCAGUAUCCCUUGA